GGCACAUGCGGCCUGGACUUUGGGAUUAUUAGUGUCCGCUUGGCUAUAAAAGCGGCGGCGGCACAUCGGUUGAGCAGAAGCACUGCAGAGUUUUAACUGGCAGACACUCUCACAGAUCCAACAACCAUGAAGGUCCUCGCUGUCCUGGUCCUGGCCGUUUUUACCGGCUGCAACGCCAACCUCUUCUACGCUGAUGCGCCCAAGCCCCAGCUGGAGGUGAUGACUGACGCCUUCUGGGACUACGUCGCCAAGGUCACUCAGACCGCCGACGACACGAUCCAGAUGAUCAAGAAGUCUCAAUUGGGUCAGGACUUUAGCGCCCGACUGGCUGACGGCACCGACAUGGCCAACCAGUAUGCCGUCACCCUGCACGACCAGCUCCCCCCCGCGGCCAAGGAACUGAUCGCCAAGGUGAGCGCAGAGGCCGAUACGCUGCAGGAGCGCGUGACCCAGGAGCUGAACAGCGUCCGCGAGAAGGUGGAGCCCUACGCCAACAACGUGAAGGUCCAGAUCCAGGAAAGAAUGGCACUGAUCCAAUCAGAGCUCAACCAACUUCUCGCCAUGGAUGCCGAGACCAUGAAGACCGAACUCGUGAGGAGGAGCGAGGAGCUCAAGGCCAACCUGGAUCAGACCGUCGCUGAUCUUCAGGCCCAGCUGGAGCCCCACACGGGUGACCUGAUCCAGAAGGUGGACCAGCACCUGAACACCUUCAAGGAGACCGUGUCCCCGAUGGCUGAGAAGCUGCAGACCGAGCUGAACCAGAGAGCCCAGCAGAUGACAGACCUGGCCUCCCCUUACAUCACAGAGCUGAGGGAUACCCUGAACCCCUACACCCAGGACCUCCAGGCUCGUCUGCUUGCCCUCUACGAUUCCUUUGUGAAAACCAACUAAGUCUGCCGCCGAA